AUGAAUAUCAAUAUUUAUGAUGAGGCUAGUUUAAGCUUAUUGUCGACAUCAAAUUUUCAUGAAAAGCAUACGAUAUCAUCAUUAAAUAAGCAAAAAUAUCUCAAAUAAAAAUACUUUUCAGGAUCUGAAUUAAUCAGUUAAAACGAGAUUAAAUCAUAGAGAGUUCGACCAAAUAGUGAUAUGUAUCAAUCAGGAAUAAAUUUUUUAAAGCAUAAACAAGAGAAAUAAGACUAUCUGUCACUUAAAUUGGAAGAGGAAUUCAAAAAGAAAUGCACUUUUCAACCUCAAUUAUCAUAAACAUCUCGUCUACUAUCUGCUAGAUUAAAUGUCUCUUAAAUAAAUCAUUCUACAAGAAACAUUAAUAAAGAAGGAGCUCUGAAUGUGGAUUCACAAACACUGAAACUUGAAUAAGAAUUGAUCGAGUGCACUUUCUCACCCAAAAUUCUCAAAACGACUCAAGAUAUAUUUGACAGAAGAAAACCUAUGUAUGAAAGAAAUGUCGAAUGGUAAGAUUAAGUUAAGGAAAAACAAAGCCAAAGCUAAAUGAAAAGAGAAUCCUUGAUUAAAUCGAAAAUAACUACUAUGUCAAUACCAAAAUAGAUGGAUCUCAGAGCAGCACACGCAUUAAAGAAGAAUUUUUCAAUGAAAUAUUUGAGGAAAUCAAUGAUGGGGUGA